UAGAAUUUUCCAGAAGUGUGAGGCAGCCAUUUUGAAAGAGACUUGGUAGAACAAAGGGAGAGCUGUGUCGUCAGCCGCGGAAAGAAUUUCUCUUUUUUUAAGGCAACGUGUUGCACUUUAUUCUCCGUUUUAGUCACACAAAUAACUCCUCUAAGAUGAGGCAGCGAGAAAGCACAAGCCGCUCACCGGCUGGUAGAGAAAACAGCUGGAAGGAAAAGUCCGGGAGGCGAAAGCGCCACCGGAGAGAGUCACACAGCAGCGAACGGGAAAACAAGUACCGUAAACAUCGCCAUCAUCGCAAAAGCAGUGACGGGCAUUACCUGGAGAGCCGGAGUCUGAACGAAAAGCAGGAGACGAAGGUGAGAGCCGUGGACUCGGGGUACGAGAAGGAGAGCCACGUGAGCGUCUCGAGGGAGAAGGAGAGGCAUCGCGUGCGCCGCAGGGACCCUGACUGGCACCACUACAGCAAGUCGUCCGGAUACAGCGGGCAGAGCAGCCGGCACGGGCGGAGACGCAGCCGAAGCCGCUCUCGUCACCGUCGCUCUCACUCGAGGAGCCAUCGCAGGAAAAGAUCCAGAAGUGUUGAGGAUGAUGAGGAGGGGCACCUGAUCUAUCACAGUGGAGACAUACUCAGGGCGAGAUAUGAGAUCGUGUGCACGCUAGGAGAGGGUGCUUUUGGAAAAGUAGUUGAAUGCAUCGAUCACAAAAAUCAAGAAGCUCGUGUUGCGCUGAAGAUAAUUAAAAACAUUGAACGUUAUCGAGAUGCGGCCAUGUCUGAGGUCGAAGUGCUGGAACACGUGAACUCUCUCGACAGCGACAGGAAAUACUGUUGUGUGCGUAUGCUUGACUGGUUUGACCACCACGGCCAUGUGUGCAUUGUGUUUGAGCUGCUUGGAUUGAGCACGUUUGACUUCCUCAAAGAAAACAACUUCCAGCCGUUUCCAGUCGACCAGAUCAGGCACAUGGCUUACCAGAUCAUCAAAGCAGUCAAGUUCAUGCACAGAAACAAGCUGACACACACAGACCUGAAGCCAGAGAACAUCUUGUUUGUUGAUUCGGAGUACGACCUCGAGUACAACGCAAAAAUGAAGAGAGAUGAGAGAACGGUGAAGAACCCCAAUGUGAAAGUGGUCGAUUUUGGGAACGCCACAUACGAGCACGAGCAUCACACCACCGUGGUGUCCACGCGGCAUUACCGCGCACCUGAAGUCAUUCUGGAGCUGGGUUGGGACCAUUCCUGUGAUGUAUGGAGUGUGGGUUGCAUUCUUAUUGAAUAUUACCUUGGAACAACGCUCUUCCAGACCCAUGAUAGUAAAGAACAUCUGGCCAUGAUGGAAAGAGUCCUGGGUCCCAUACCAACGCACAUGCUCCAGAAAACACGGAAACGCCGAUACGUUCAUCGCGACAAACUGGACUGGGACGUGUACUCCUCUUCGGGACGAUACGUCCGCAAACAUUGCAAACCUCUCAGAAGCUAUAUGACCUCCAAAAGCCAGGCCCACGAGGAGCUGUUUGACCUCCUCGAGAAGAUGUUGGAAUAUGACGUGACCAAGCGGAUCAGUCUGGAUGAUGCCAUUAGACAUCCUUUCUUUGACGCGCUUAGGAAAGGCCACAAGUGAAAAACUAGAGAUUUUUUUUUUUUUUUUAACUCUCAAUGAGAGGUUGCAUUCAGAGGACUGCAUCAGUCCCAAAUAUGUCCAGUACUGUUUUUUUUUUUUGUUGUUUUUUUUUUUAAAUUCAUUGUGUAAGAUGUAAUUUAUGUGAUGUGUAACUUAUAUUGUAUUUUACACAAUCGUCAAACAAGGGAGAGCUGAAGAUGAAGUGUUUGUGGUGAAUCUUAUUUCCUCAUUUGUUGAAUAAGUAACAUGUAGCUUUGUUAAUUGUCAUUGUGUAGCCAUUGUGUGUCAAAAUGAGUAAAUUUUUGUGAAUUCUUUUCAUUUUCAAUAAAAAAAAGUCAUUGGA